GAGAGAGAGAAAACCCGAAGAGAACAAGAAAGCAAAGAAAAGGCCAAGAAAUAGAAACCCAAAUUAUCUGAAAAACUUGAUUAAACUAGUGUUUUUUAUUACCCGAUUAUCCACAGACAUUCCACAGAUUUUCUUGCAGAGUUUGUUUAGUGUUUUUUUUAACUCUUUAAAACUAGGAUUUCAAAUCUGAACCCUACUUCUGUUUCCCAUUGUUUCUUUCUAGUCCCACAUCUGGCUUUAGGUUCUUUCUUCACCUCCGGUCAUAGAUGAACAAUCUCUUAUGAGCAAAUUGGUGCUCGAUAGUUGGAAUUUGCUAUGGAAAAAAGGAACUGGUUGUGGAAGAAGAGGUCUUCCGAGAGAAGUCGUGGAGAAACUGAGAGUUCCGGAUCGUUGUCAUCACAUUCCGAGAGAUACUCCGAUGAUCAGUAUGCUUCCAAGGUGUCUCCACUGCCGAAUAAUGACACCCUAUCGUCUGAACUGUCGUCGACGGCUUCACACAAUUCCGAAGAAGUUACCGAUAGCAUUAAGAUCCUGACGGAGAAAUUAUCAGCUGCACUAGUUAAUAUUAGUGCCAAAGAGGACUUGGUGAAGCAACAUUCCAAAGUUGCAGAAGAAGCUAUUGCAGGCUGGGAGACUGCAGAAAAUGAAGUAGUGGUGUUGAAGCAAAAACUCGAGGCUGCAGUUCAGCAAAACUCGGCUUUAGAAGAUCGUGUAAGCCAUCUUGAUGCAGCUCUCAAGGAAUGUGUAAGGCAGCUAAGACAAGCAAGAGACGAGCAGGAGGAAAAUAUCCGUGAAGCUGUUGCGAAAGCUGCCCAGGAUUGGGAAACUACCAAAUCCAAACUCGAAAGCCGGUUGCUUGAGCUCCAAGCUAAAGCUAUUAUUUCCGAGCCCCCUCCGCAGUUCAAUCCUAAACUUUGGCGAAAGAUCGAAGAUUUAGAGAAGAAAAAUGAAGACCUCAAGCUUGAGCUCUCAUCUCAAUUGGAGGAGAUGGAAAUCAGAACAAUUGAAAGGGACUUGAGCACCCAAGCAGCUGAAACAGCUAGCAAACAACACUUGGAGAGUAUAAAGAAGGUAGCAAAGCUCGAGGCCGAGUGUCGAAGACUCAAAGCCAUAGCUGGAAAAUCUCUGAAUGCCUCUUCAAGGUAUGCCGAAUCCCUUACAGAUAGUCAAUCAGACAGUGGAGAACGGGUUAAUCUCGUGGAGAUUGAUAAUCACAAGAUGAGUGGCUUAGAGGCAAACAGAGAACCUGGUUGUUCUGAUUCUUGGGCAUCAGCCUUAAUUGCAGAACUUGAUCAAUUCAAAAAUGAAAAGGUUGUCAACCGAAACCUCCUGGGUUCUUCCAUUGAGAUUGAGCUCAUGGAUGAUUUUCUUGAGAUGGAACUACUCGCUGCAUUGCCUGAAACCAAGAGCGAAAACCAAUGUCUUGAAUCGAGAGCUACUGCAAAACAAUCUAAUAACGAUGGUGAUAGCUUGUUGAAGGCUGAGCUUGAGGCCAUGACCCAUCAAACAGCGGAACUCGAAGAGAAGUUUGAGAAGAUAGACGUUGAGAAGGCUGAACUAGAAAUUGCUCUUACCAAAACCAGAGAAAGUCUCGAAGCAUCGGAGCUGCAAUUGAGGGACACCGAAAUGAAAUUGGAGGAGUUGAGAAGGGAGCUCUGUAAUGCAAAUGAUGCAAAGCAACAUCUCGAAUCUCAACUUGAGAACAUGGAAGCAGAUGUAGAGACAAUGUCAACAAAGAUUAACUCAUUAGAAAAGGAAAGGGCUUUGUCUGCAGAGGUUUCAUUUAAUGCAAAUGAAGCAAAGAAAACCUUGGAGUCUCUACUCAUUAGCAUUGAAGCAGAUGCUCGAACAAUGUCUGCAAAGAUGGAUUUAUUAGAAACAGAAGUUGAAAAGGAAAGAGCACUGUCAGCGCAAGUUACUGUCAAGUGUCAAGAACUGGAAGAAGAGCUGUCGAGGAAGCAACAGGAAGCUGAGCUACGGCAAAGCGUUAAAUCAAAUGUUGAAGUGAAGAUAAAACAGGAGGACUUAGCUACUGCUGCUGGAAAACUUGCUGAGUGUCAAAAGACUAUAGCAUCUUUAGGACAACAACUGAAAUCUCUUGCAACACUGGAAGACUUCCUAAUCGACACCACGAGCAUACCUGAGUUCCCUACAAAAGGAUCAUUGAUUCCUAAAGCUGGUGGAGAGCCUUGGAAUUUACGUUCCAAUGAAGCAUCUUCACCCAAAAGAGAUCCGGAGUCUCCAAGAGUUAGUGCUGAUAAGAACAAUGGAAACACACCCCCAUCGUCAUCCUCGUCUUCAUCGAUUGUGUCGUCCAAUCAUGUCAGUUCCGAGAAGAACAGAAACAGGUUUGCAAAAUUUUUCACUCUGAGUAAGAACGGGAUACAACUGGAAAUUUAAAUCACUUGGACAAGUUGUAAAAUUGUUGUGUCAUUUCAAAGACGUGAUUAAAUGCUGUUUAAUCACAGGUAAUUAUUAGUUCACUGAUAGAUUGUCUCAAUCUAUACUAUUCGUGAAUGGUUGUGUUCAAAUUGAAAUUUCAACA